AUGUGCAUUGCUAAGGGAAUUUUCAAAAGAUCCCUAUCUGGGAAGGAAUCGAUGUUUCGUAGGGCAAUUCUUCUUGGAUGCAGCGCUGCGAAAACUCCAUGGAGUGAAUGUAGUAAUGCUCAACUUGUGGAUGCUGUGAAGUCCCGCAAAAUUUCAUUUUAUGGCUUGGAACAGGCAUUGGAGCCUGAUUACAGGCGUGCCAUUGAGGUGCGUCGUGAGGUGGUCUCCGAAAUUGCUUCCCAGCAGCCAGAAGCCAAGAAAAAACAGAGUGCCCUGCAUACUAUCCCCUUUGAGAAUUAUGACUGGAACAGGGUUGUCGGUCAAAACUGUGAAAAUAUCAUAGGAUAUGUACCAAUUCCGCUUGGUGUUGCCGGGCCAAUACUUAUUGACGGAAAGGAGUACCCUAUUCCUAUGGCUACAACGGAGGGGGCGCUUGUAGCUAGCACCCAUCGUGGCGCUCGAGCCAUAACACGAUCUGGCGGUUGCAAGACACUUUUGUUAGGUGAGGGCAUGACAAGGGCUCCCGUGGUGGAGCUUCCAUCUCUGGAGGAAGCGGGAAGGCUUCAUAAGUACUGUAAUGAAAAUUUCUUAUCACUAAAGGAGGCUUUUGAGUCCACAACGCAGUAUGGGAAGCUGAAUUCGCUAAAGUGUGUUUUGGCAGGACGAAAAGCGUAUCUCCGGUUCCGUGCGACCACGGGUGAUGCAAUGGGAAUGAACAUGAUCACAAAAGGCGUGGAUAAAGCCUUGUCAGUCCUGCAGCAGCAUUUUCCUUCAAUGGAGAUCCUUGCUUUAUCAGGUAAUUAUUGCACAGACAAGAAGCCAUCAGCGGUAAACUGGAUUGAUGGACGUGGAAAGUCGGUAGUAGCAGAGGCUACAUUGCUUGCUGAAGUCGUUGAAGACACCCUGAAAUGCACAGUUGACAGCCUUGUAUCUCUUAAUAUUGAUAAGAAUCUUGUUGGUUCAGCUAUGGCUGGGUCUGUUGGUGGAUUCAACGCACAAGCUGCGAAUGCCGUUGCUGCCAUUUUUAUUGCGACAGGGCAGGACCCAGCGCAGGUGGUGGAGUCUUCAAUGUGCAUUACGACCAUGUCAAAGGUGGGCAAUGAUCUUCUUAUCUCCGUGACAAUGCCAAGCAUUGAGGUUGGUGUUGUUGGAGGGGGCACAGGACUGGCGGCGCAGCGAGGCUGUUUAGAGUUGAUUGGGUGUGGCGGCCCGAGCAAGGAAUCACCGGGUACAAAUGCACAGUUGCUUUCUCGUGUUGUCGCUGCGGGUGUACUUUCAGCUGAGCUUUCUCUCAUGUCUGGCUUGGCCGCGGGUCACCUCCUAAGCGCCCACAUGCGCCUGAAUCGCAAGAAGAAGUGA